UUGACCUUAGCACGUGCAUGCAUUCAAAUCGACUCCUGCGGAAGGUAUAAAUGGGCGGGCACGGCAGUGCGCCGUCAGUUCCCAGGUGGCUGCCGACCAGUGAAUAAGAAGCAGUGCGACACAUUCCCAGCACCUGCACUCAGAAAUACAAUUAUGCUGGGCAGAACGGUGAUCGUUCCAGCGCUGCUGGCGAUUGUUGCGCUGUGGAACAGUCCACUUGUCAGUGCUGAUGACAAGGCGCGAGUGGUUUGUUACUUCAGCAACUGGGCCAUUUACCGGCCGGGCAUCGGCCGCUACACCAUCGAUGACAUUCCCGGCGACAUGUGCACGCACGUCAUCUACUCGUUCAUCGGCGUCAGCAACGUCACCUGGGAGGUGCUCGUGCUUGACCCUGAGAAUGACGAGGAAAUGCGCGGCUUUGCCAACUUCACGGCGCUCAAGACCAAGUAUCCCGGAAUCAAAACGGAACUGGCCGUCGGAGGGUGGGGCGAGGGAGGCCGCAAGUACUCGGAAAUGGUCCACGUUGACGCCAGGAGAGAGUCUUUCAUCCGCAGCGUUGUCGAGUUCAUGAAUCGCUACAACUUCGACGGUUUCGAUUUGGACUGGGAGUACCCCGGCGCUGCGGACCGCGGCGGCAAGUUCACGGACAAGGACAAGUUCUUCUACUUCGUGGAGGAGUUGCGUCGGGCCUUCGACAACGAGGGCAAGGGCUGGGAAAUCACCAUGGCGGUUCCCCUGGCCAAAUUCCGUCUGAACGAGGGUUACCACGUGCCAGAGUUGUGCGAGCUCACCGACGCCAUCCACGUGAUGGCCUACGAUCUCAGAGGCAACUGGGCCGGCUUCGCGGACACGCACAGUCCACUCUACAAGAGGCCGCACGACCAGUGGGCUUACGAAACGCUCAAUGUGAAUGACGGUCUGCAAUUGUGGGUCGACUUCGGCUGCCCGCCCAACAAGCUGGUGGUUGGAACGCCUUUCUACGGGCGCUCGUUCACCCUGAGCCAGGGCAACAACAAUUACAACCUGGGAACCUACAUUAAUAAGGAGGCUGGAGGCGGAAAACCCGGUCCUUACACCAGAGCAAAGGGAUUCAUUUCUUACUAUGAGAUUUGCGACGCUCUGCAAAAGGAGGAAGGCUGGACUGUGAAGUGGGACGAGAAGGGAAUGGUGCCUUUCACCUACAAAGACACCCAGUGGAUCGGAUAUGAAGACGAGAAGUCCCUCAAGAUCAAGAUGGACUGGAUUAAGCAGAAGGGAUACGCCGGCGCCAUGACCUGGGCCAUCGAUAUGGACGACUUCACCGGUGUCUGCGGCAAGAAGAAUCCCCUGAUUAAGGUGCUGUGGGAUGGAAUGAAAGACUACAAGGUUCCUACCCCUGAAACUUCCAACUUUGUCAGGCCCGAGUGGAAUCGGCCCAAGAGCACCCCGGCACCGGCCGGCUCCCCCACCACAAAGAAGCCGACCACCCAGCCACCCCAGGCCGCCCCCACCACCCAGAAGCCCCAAACAGCCGCCACUACGCAGAAGCCCGCGACUCAGCCGCCCCCAACCGCGGCUCCCGUGCAGCAGCCUGCCGCCCCCGUGCCUGCCCCCGUUUCGUCAGGGUCGGCCGACGCCGACUGCGCCGCUGGAGCGGAAUAUGUGAACCACGCCCAAUGCGACAAGUAUUACCGGUGCGUGCACGGAAAGCCUGUCGAGUUCGCGUGCAAAUCUGGUCUGGCCUGGAACAGCAACCUGCAAAUCUGCGACUGGCCUGAGAACGCCCAGAGGGCGGAAUGCGCGGGCAAGAGGAGCGAGAACUUGGUGGAGGGCGAGGAGCUAAUUCCCACAACCGAAUCUCAAGUCGAGGCCUAAAUUUAUAUCAAGUGAAAUGAUCUAAUGUACAACCAACUGCUGUAAUAAUUUAAGGAUAAAAUAAAUUAUUUUUUAC